AUGGCUCCACGCCUUCCCUACAGCACGGGAUGCCACUCUUGUCGGCGUAUGAAGGUCAAGGUUAUCUUCCGGUCCAUGAACGCGUCAGCCGCUUCCAAGGCGGCCGGCGGCGCCAGCAGCGGCAGCAGCAGUAGCAACCACACGGGCAGAUUCCCUUUGGCCGAUCUCGUCCCUUCACCAGCCGCGCCACCGGCGACGCCCUGGGAGGUCAACGCCGCAGCCUUCUUCCUCAAGAGCUACAUACAGAAGCCCAAGCACGGUUUCCCAGGGUACAUGAGCUUCCUGCCGGGUCUGCUGGCGGACAACUUCCCGCUGCCCGCCCACCACCAUCUCCACGAGGCCGUGCUCGCCGCCGGUUGUGCGAGCCUGGCCAACGUCACCGGGCUUUCGCAUCUAGGUGUCGCCGCGCACAGACAUUACGGGCGAUCCUUGCAGCUCCUCACCUCUGCCCUGAGGGACCCGGGCCAGGCGUGCUCGGAUGUCACGCUGUCGGCUAUUGUAGUGCUGCAGAAGUAUGAGGUAAUUGCUGGUUUACGAGAACCACAAGAUCCUCACGGCCAGGGCCUGACAGAGCUGGUCCGCCUCCGGGGUCCCGACAAAUUCAGAUCGGCCAACAGCCAGCAGCUGCUCAGUCUGAUCGCGCGCCGACAACAACUGCAAGAUCUCGAGGACCAGGAGCAAGAUGAGACCUUGGGCAGCCAUUUCUACGGACCCCAACAUGAUUCUUCUUCCGACAUCGUGUCGACGGCGGGGUCGGGCGACCUGUGGAGGCUUCUCGACACUGCCUCCAGGGCCGGUGCGCACCUACGAACCGCGCUGGCUGCCUCCGCGGCAGGUGCUCGGGUGACGGGCAGCAGCACAUCCUGGCCAGGCAGCGAGCUCCAGGAUGCCAUGGACCAAGUCUACUCGGCGCAUCUGCGUCUGUGCGAAUGGCGUGACAGAUUGGCUCCCCCGUUGCGUUACCGAGUGUAUCGAGUCCGUUCUUCUCCGAACCCACGGCCAGGGCCAAGAAGGACCAGUGCCGGGGUUUGCAGCCGGAGCAAAAACGACGACGGCGACACCGACGAAGGUGACGACCUCGACGCCGUGUUUCCGCGCCAGUACUACCUCUUCCACAGUGUCCAGCAUGGCGCGAUGUGGCUGGGGUACUGGUGCGCACAGGUCCAUCUUCUACACAUAUACCACGUCGCAUUGCACAGAUUGGCGCCCCCGGCUAUGCUCGGGGUUUCUCCCAGCGAGGGCGUGGUGGCGCAUAGGGAACUGGUGGGCCGCCGACUCCGUGCCACGGUCGACGAUAUCUGCGCGAGCGUGCCGUACAUGAUGAACGAGAUAGACGGCCGCGGGUCUCCGAUUACUCCUCCUAACCCUGGUGGUGGUGGUGGUGGUGGCGAAGGAGGCAGACAGGCUGGGGAAAGUAACGCCAUGACGACUUCCCUCGGCGCCUUCUUCCUGCUGCGAGGCCUCUACGUCGUCAUUAGCUCCUUGGGCGGAAACUUGGCCGCGUCGCGCCGGGCCUAUGUCCUCGCCACGCUGUCCAGGAUCGGGCAUGUCAAGGGCAUCAAGCUUGCACUGGGGGCACGGGACGCGUAUAUACGUGAGCACGGUGAUGGUGCUUCCCCUGCUACGGUACAAGGUUGA